CUCACCAGUUAGUAGAAUUGUUUAGCACAAAAUAUACAAAUACAUGCAAGAAAGAGAUGCAUAGUGAAUGACGUCAACCUUAUUAUCUUAGUCAGCUUUCAACAAACCUACGCGUUUCGUUUAGUUUGCGACUUGCGUCUUGAGACAUGGGAGUGAGUGUUUGUUCAUUGAACUCGUGCGCUUCGAUUUAUUUUAUUUAAAACUCUUAGAGGUUAUUACAUAAAAAACAUUUAAAUUUUGGCAUGAUUCCAUCCAUAUUUGGUAACGGUUUAAUAAACACUACAUAUUAAUUCCAAUUAGUAUUUAUUAUGAAUUUCUUAACAUAUGUUGUGUUAUUAACGCUUCAACUGAGUUCAUGUUGGAGCAAGGAGAAAUACAGCCCCGUUAAUGACUUUCUCUCACAUGAGGCUGGGGUUCAAGUGUUACCUUAUGAUAAAAACAGUAAUUCUCAAUUUCCUACAUUAAAACCACCAUAUUCAGCGUCUACAGGUAACCCGCGAGUAACGAGUCCUAAUAAUAAAAGGGAUUAUGUCGCACCUCAAUUCCCAACUUUGCGCCCUAUAACAAAGUCAUCCACUUUGCGUGUAACACAAAAUCCUCUUCCAAGUACACAGUCUUCUAAAAGAGACUACGUUGCACCACAUUAUCCAACGUUAAAACCUUCUUCAUUGACAAACAAAGCAAAUUUAGGAACAACGACGAAGACUUCCUUAAAUCCAAAAAGAGAUUAUGUAGCGCCAGCUUUUACGACAGCAAAACCUCAACAAGAUAAUGCAAAAGCCCAACAAGGAAAAGUAAAAGAUUUAAUUAAUUUCUUUGACGGACAAGGUAACCAAGGAAGUACAGUGAUACCUAAGGUUCCUAAUUAUAGUUCGAUUCUUAAGGGCCCUACAGUUGGCCCACAGUCAGUAACGCCAUCACAUGGAUUAGGUCUCUCAACUAAACCUAGUUUUAGUUCAAUAGCAUCUGGAAGUAGAAACAACAAGCCAAGCACUCAAGCUUCGACUACUAAAGUGGGAGCUACUGGUGGUGGAAAUUUACCCAGCUCUAUUUUAAACAACAACAAAAACCUCCAAGGCGUAAAUCCUCCUACUGAUGCUGAAUUACAAACAUUAUCUGAAGAGUUGCUAAAAAAAGAUGUCAACAAUGCUGCCAAAUUAAUCACAGUCAGUUAUCAAGAGAAGACUUCGUCCGGAUCAAAAGAUGAUAAGGCUCCGCGAGCAUUACUCACUAUAUCACCUGAGGUAUGGAAUAUACCAACAAUACAAAAGUUUUUACCACUUUUAGAUAACUAUGAAAGAGAUACAUUGAUUAAUGAGCAUGUAACACCUCAGGAGAGAAAUGAAGAUAAUGCUUUUAUGGAUGCUAUUAUGUCCACAAACGUUAUUCGUCAUUUGAUGAGCUUUUUGAAAGACAAAGGAUACGUAACUCAAGAUCCACGCCAGCAAAGAGAAUUUUUAAAACAAAUGUGGUUUGGGUUGUAUUCAAGAGGAAAAGGAAAAAUAAGCAGCUCAGGUUUUGAACACGUUUUUGUAUCGGAAUUGAAAAAUUCCCAAAUAUCGGGAUUACAUAAUUGGAUUUAUUUCUCCAAAGAAGAAACUGCAAACCGUGUGAAUUAUUUGGGAUACUUAAAAUAUGCUAAUUUCGCUGACAAAGGCGCUGUUUUGAAAAUGCAUUUCAAUCAGCAGGGCGUCGACAAGCCAGUUGGAACGAUGUUUAUCGGGACAUCCCCCGAAUUAGAAAUGUCACUUUACACAUUGUGUUACGUCACUAGAGUAGACAAUGAUUGCAAGCUCAAAUUAGGAAAUAACGAAGUUGAUAUUGUAACGUACAAUUUCCGCUAUAGAAGCAAGAAUUACAUUGGCAGCGCUUAUCCACAGAUAUAAUUUACAAAAUAGUAACUGUGUGAUACGAGUCCUAGCCAACUCAAAACUUAUUUUAAAUUAUACAAUAUUUUGAAGGAUACAUUUUUUUAGCUUAAUAUGUUUUUGAAAGAUUGAAAGACAAGUGAUAAAAAUAAUAAAAUGAUGAUGAAAAUAAUACUCAUUGUAAUAUGUAACUAAAUGUAGUUC